UCGAACUCCCUCUCUUCCAAGCAACUCGGCUCUCGAGCACCGCGCGACUCGGUGACUCGGUCGUCCGACUUCAAAUUCCGGCGAAGCUGCGGCGACCUGAACCGAAAGAAAUGCGGCGGCGGCGGCGGAACAUUUUCCCGGGAAAUCCGGGCGCCGUCCGGAGCUUCUCAGCCGACGAGGAAGACAUCGACGGCGACCUCUCGGAUGACUGCGUCUCGUUGGGCGCGCGCGCCGGGAGAGAGGACGUACUGCAGAUUCUGUCUCAGCUGGAAAAACUCAGAGAUGCAGGAGAAACUUCUGCUGUUUGGAGCUCUGUUAAACCAUUCGAGGAGCGAGCUGAGUUCCCUCUGGAGGAUGAGGUUGAAGUUCCUGAUUUUGGCAAUGACCGUCGCUUCAGCUGCUCCCCGAAGAGUGAAUUCACGCGCUGCGCUGCAGAUGACGACGAAAUGAUAUCUGAUGAUGAGGAAAGUAGCUUGCUUGCUAAACUCUCCACUCUGUCGAGUCAUAGAAAGAUUCAGGAAGUUGGCUUUCAUGCCUCUGAAACGAAAGAGAAGGAAUUGCCAACACUCUCUGCGGUAGUCAAAGAUGCCGGAGAAUCAGUCCAGUCUAUUCAAAGUGCUUCAUGUUCGUUGAGACAUGCUACCCACUCUAGAGCAAACCGCUGUUCUAAAGCUUCCAAAGGCAAAGCCAAGGCAAAAUUUUCAUUUGGUUUUCACCGAAAGGAUGAACACUGGUCCUGUAUUGCGAGGGAUGAAAUUGGGGGGUCACAAAAGGUAUGUGAACAGCCGGAAACACAUGAAGAUGUAAAGGGAAUAGAUCCGGGCCAUCAAGCUAUAGAUGCCCCUGAUGAUUUCGAUGAAGAAGAAAAUGAAGAUUCAGAAGUCAUGCCGUCCAAUGCUCUAGUUCUUGGACAUGGAUAUGCUACGCAUUCUAUGGCUGACCUUCUAGAUGGACUCCAUGACAGCAGUAGCCUUCCAAAUUCUGGUAGAAAAAGACGGCCUAGGAUGGGCUUUGCAAACAGGAGAAGUACAUUUACUACGGGACAAGGAAUGCCGGAUGAUGAAGGGGAGCUCGAGGCAGUGGACAGUAGAUCACCUAGUGAAGAUGAGAACAACUUUGAUGAGCUGAAGCUUCCUGCAGUAUACUUUAAACAACAAAGCAUGGCAGAUUGCAUUCAGCAAGUUUUAGAUUAUACUCCUUUGGACAGUGCAAGUGCUCUUAUCACAGUUCCAAAGUCAUUGGGCUUUGGACUAUUUGGAAGAUUGCAACAGGUCAUGCAGAUUGAAAAGGAGAGCGAGCAGGAAUUCUUGAAGAACCUGCAGGCUGGUGCCAGCGCAAGUAGAUCAGGCUUCAUUGAUGUAAUGAUCCUGUCGAGAAACUUGGAUGCAAAGCUCACUGUUUGUCUUUGCUCUCUGGAACAGAACCAAGAGGGAACCCCGUCCUCACAUUGUAGUCAGGCAGAUUUAACAGGAAGAAUGAGGACUGUGAUUUUUAACCCAAGAAUUUGCAACAAUGUUGAUCUCGAAAUUGGAAACCUGAUUCGCAUUUAUUCCCCUUGGAAGGAGGUUCAAGUCAUGGGCUAUGAGAAGAGCAUAAUUUUGUCCACGCACUUUUCUCAUGUCUCAGUUUGAAUUCAAGUUCCACCAAGGAGGUGACAUCAUACCUUCCCCGGGUAGUUCAUUUGAUUUAUCAGUCAACACUUUCUGUUCAUCUUUAAGAAGUUGAGGCACAAUCAAAUGCGAAAUCUGUGGUUGCGUAACCCCUUGUAUUAGUGUUUUUUUUUUUUCCACAUCCUCUUUUUUUUUUCCCGUUUUCUUUUUUUCUUUGUUAAGUCAAGUCUGUCACAUGAUGUGGUGGCAACUACCAUAUAAGUAUUAGAUAAUGCAAUAGAUCUGGAGUAGAGUCUUACAUGGGGUCUAUAAUUUACAUCUAACACAAAUGAAAAUUGUGUUCGUUUGAAGA